CUAUUUCCGUUUCCGUAUAGACGCUUAGCAGCAAACACCAUGGCGAAAGUCGGGGAGAAGAGCGGCGGCGGAAAGAAGGGCCUGAAACGAAAAGCUGCUGCCGAAGAACCUCAAGAGACUGCAGUCUCUGGGGAUGGGACGGCAGAAGGCGGGGUCCAGCCCCCGAAAGCGGCUGCCUUUCCCCCGGGCUUCAGUAUUUCGGAGAUUAAGAACAAGCAGCGGCGACACUUAAUGUUCACGCGGUGGAAGCAGCAGCAGCGGAAGGAAAAGUUGGCAGCUAAGAAAAAACUCAAGAAGGAAAGAGAGGCUCUUGGUGAUAAGGCUCCACCAAAGCCUAUACCCAAGACCAUUGACAAUCAGCGAGUGUAUGAUGAAACCAUAGUAGACCCUAAUGAUGAAGAGGUUGCCUAUGAUGAAGCUACAGAUGAAUUUGCUUCUUACUUCAACAGACAGACUUCUCCCAAGAUCCUCAUCACAACAUCAGACAGACCUCAUGGGAGAACAGUACGACUCUGUGAACAGCUCUCUACGGUAAUACCAAACUCACAUGUUUAUUACAGAAGAGGACUGGCUCUGAAAAAAAUUAUUCCUCAGUGCAUCUCAAGAGAUUUCACAGAUCUGAUUGUUAUUAAUGAAGAUCGUAAAAUACCAAAUGGACUUAUUUUGAGUCACUUGCCACAUGGUCCGACUGCUCAUUUUAAAAUGAGCAGUGUUCGUCUGCGUAAAGAAAUUAAGAGAAGAGGCAAGGACCCCACAGAACACAAACCUGAAGUAAUUCUGAAUAAUUUUACAACACGACUGGGUCAUUCUAUAGGACGUAUGUUCGCAUCUCUCUUUCCCCAUGACCCUCAGUUUAUUGGAAGGCAGGUUGCCACAUUCCACAAUCAGCGGGAUUAUAUAUUCUUCAGAUUUCACAGAUACAUAUUCAAAAGUGAAAAGAAAGUGGGAAUUCAAGAGCUUGGACCACGUUUUACCUUAAAAUUAAGAUCUCUUCAGAAAGGAACCUUUGAUUCUAAAUACGGAGAAUAUGAAUGGGUCCAUAAGCCCCGGGAAAUGGAUACAAGUAGAAGAAAAUUCCAUUUAUAAAAGUACUGAGGGAGUAUUACUGAAUUUUACGGAACAGGGCUAUCUUGAACUUGGUAAAUUAUUUCUGACAGAAGACCCUUUUCAAAAUGGCAUUUAUUGAUUUCAUUAACUUUCUUUCAUGUCCGGAAAAAUUACAAAGUGCUGUGAAUUGCCAGUUUAUGUAGUAGUAAAUAUGAAUAAAAGUCAUUUUGGUGAGGUUUAGAAGUUGCAGUUUAGGUUUCCUAAAACCUAAUUAUCUUUAUUUUUGGGUAAUUGUUAAUAAUUUAAGGUUGGAGUCAAGAGUCAAGUUAAACUUUUCUGUUUGCAUUUUCAUGGGGCAUGGGGUGGAGAGAAACAAAAUGCUUGGUAGAUACCCAUAACUCACUGGUUGUAUACCAGACUAAUUUUGGAACCUCAGAGUUUGGCACAUAGUUUCAACUCAGUGUUUCUUUUCAGUGAAUGAAUACUGGAAGCCAGGUUUCUAGGAUGUCUUAACCUCCCCCUUUAAGCUUUUCAGAAGGGUAAAAAUUUUAAAGCAAAAUGAUUUAUCAAGGACUUAAAGCAAAACUAGAUUACUGAAGCUAGUCGUUGGUUCCUUUUUCUUGCCACUUUUAUACCUCAUUACACUGUACUGUAUGUAGUAUUCUAUUCAGGCAUUGUCGCCAGUUCUUAAGUUUUUUAAUGGAAUUCUUAUUUCCAGUACUUUCUCUAUACUACUAGCCUUGUUAGAGAGCCAGCUAUAAUGAAUUGACUAUUAGGUAUAACUGAUAAUACCCUACAUAUUUAAAAAUUUUUAUUUUUAAAAUAAAGUUAACCCUUUAAAUAGUUCACAGGAACUCUAAAACUUAGUAGCCACUAUCUGACCUUAAAAUAACAAUACAGUAGUAGGUUUGCAACCUUCCUUGAGUUUCCUAGCAGUCUUACAAAUGAUGUAUAAAGUCGCCUGAUAAGAGUUAACGGAACAAACACAAAAAACUUAACCCCCUUUUUAAUGGGAAAACUGCCAUUUAUUUUAGAUGUUCAAAACAGGCUAAUGAAUGUAUAGUUAAUACCAGUGGUGUGGUGGUUUAGAGCUCAGCUGCUAACCAAAAGGUCCGCAGUUCAAAUUCUCCAGCUGCUCCUUGGAAACCUUAUGGGGCAGUUUUGCUCUGUCCUGUAAGGUCACUAUGAGUUGGAAUCAAGUUGACGGCAAUGUUUUUUUUUUUUAAUACCAAUAAACAAAAGGCUUUCAUACUAAGUAUUUUAUUAUAUGCGACUGCCAGUGUACAUAAAAUAAUUACCCUUGUGAAACAGAAAUUUCAUGAAAAUUCAGAGGUAGAUGUUAAGGACCGACAAAAGUAGAAAUUUGUAUAGUAUGGCACAUGUGUUACAGGGAUAAGCUUUUGUACAGACUUCAAAUUUAGUUCUCCUUUGAAUAUUCACUGGUUCAUGAAAAGUGGUUUAGGAAACCUGAAAUGGAAAGAAAAAGUGAAUUAACCUAAAGCAUUAAGGAAUAAUUAUUUGUUUUUCAUGAAUGAGUAAUAAUUACAUUAUUUGUCAGUCUUUUAUAAAUUACUCAUGGCCUUUACCUAUUUUUCUAAGUAACAGUAUAUCCUGUAUUGCUUUUUAGGGUAUUCAUUUUGAAUGUCUAUUUAAAUAAGUGCUUUCAAUUAAACAGCCUAUUUCCUUUUGUGUAUUAAAAAAAAGAUGAAUACUCAGUACAUCAUGGCAUUCCUAGGAAAGAAUGAGAAAUAAGAUAUGUGAAGUGCCCAACUCAUAGUAGGCAAUCUUAAUUUUUACACACUCUGAAGUAGGUAGCACUCCUAUUUUAUAGAUUUAGAGAGUAACUUGCCAAGAUCAAUUGCCAAAAUACAUUCUGUAUUGUAAUUUAAAAGAGUUGAUAAGCUUAACAUGAAACUCUCUUAAGAAAAAUCUGAAUAUCCCUAGAAAACUUAGCAAGAGUAUUUAGGAGACCAUUCUGGCAAUAUCUAGUAAAACAGAAGAUUCUAUUACAGUUCUGUUUACCAAGAUAAACCUAUGCACAAAAUGAAACACGUGUAAGGAUACUGAUUAUAAUAAACACAGCAAAAACCUGGGAACAGCUGAAAUGUAACUCAGUUGGGGAAUGGAUAAAUGUCACCAUGAGUCACAAUCGACUCAACGGCAACUGGUGUACAUAUGAUGGAGUACUAUGUACGGCAAUUAAAAUGACUAAACUACAUGGGUCAACGCACACAAAAAAUCCUCAAAAAAUAAUACAAUAAUUAUUACAUCUUAAGAAAAAAAUCAUUGUUUUGAAACCACAAAACACAAUAAAUAUAUGUAGUAAAACAUAGGCACACCAACUUCAAGAUAAGUUACCUUUAAAAACCAAAAAGCCAAACCUGCCAUCAUUGAGUCGAUUCCGACUCAUACCAACCCCACAGGACAGAGUAGAACUACCCCAUAGAGUUUCCAAGGAGUACCUGGUGGAUUCGAACUGCCAACCUUUUGGUAAGCAGCCGUAGCACUUAACCACUACGCCACCAGAGUUACCUAUAGGAAAAGGUAAAAAGGUCAUUUUAACUAUGUUUUUUUCUUUUUUUUUAAUUAACAGGGCAAAACAUUUUAAUUCAGGAUUGUGGAUACAUGAGUCAUCUCUGUACUUUACUUAGAAAUUUAAAAUUAUUUCCUAACAAAAAUGUUCAGGAGGUAUGAAUAGAAUGAGUACUACAGUGGAAAAAAAAUGAAAAAUGCUUAGCCUCACUUAAGGUAUUUGAAUCAGUGCGUAUUACAAAUAGGUUAAAGUGUGCUUGGCAGUAGUUAAGUUAUGAAGUUAUUAAAAUUUUAAGUGUCCUUUAUGACUAAUUUUACUUCUAAAAAUUAAUAGGGGAGGUAACGUACAAAAAGUCAGGUACCAAGAUGUUCACCUCAGGGUAGCCUCAAAUGUGGAAAUGUUAAUGAAGUAUGAUUAUACUACAAGUACUGAAAAUCUUGUUUACAAAGAAUAUUUAAUCAAAUGGGUUAAAAAAAUAAAAGCAGAAUGGAAAAAACUGCAUACACUAUAAUCCUCAUAUGUUUUAAAAAUAAAAAUAUAUUUUCAAUUAAAAGGGAAUACAAUCUAUUAACAGUGCUUGUGUAGGUGUAAUGAAUCAUUGUGAUUUCUACUUCUCUUGAAUUUCCAGUAGCUAAAUUUACCUGUUAAAUUUAAUUAUAAAAACCAUACAAUUUUUAAAAGCUGUGAGUAUAAACACUCAAAUGUAGAUUCUUUAAAUCUAUGCUACUCAGUGUAGACUUUGAACCACUAACAUCAGUAUAACCUGGGAGCUUGUUAGAAAUGCAGAUUCUAGGGCCUCACCCCAAACUUAUUGAAUGAAAAUUUGCAUUUUAACAAGGUAAUCUGUAGGUUACAUUCAGGCUUGAGAAGCACUACUCUUACAUCCAGAUAUUCAUUCCCUACUGCUUCAAAUCCUAACAUACCUAUUCACAAGACUUACCUGUUUUAUUAAACUCCUGGGAUUAGUGGCCAUUAUUUUACUUUGAAAUGUGGGUUCUUAUCGGAGCCAUAUUUAUAACGUUGAGCAAGUCAUUUUAAACAUUAUUAACAGCUGCCCAGCUUCUUAACAGUAUUUAUAUCAGAUUAAAAAAAAAACCACUUUGUAAAGUGAAUACAACAGGAAAACCAAAACCCAGUGCCAUCGAGUCGAUUCCGACACACAGCGACCCUACAGUACAGAGUAGAACUGCCCCCAUAGAGUUUCCAAGGAGCACCUGGUGGAUUCGAACUGCCAACCCCUUGGUUAGCAGCCGUAGCAUUUAACCACUACGCCACCAGGGUUUCCAUACAACAGGAACAGAGGUUAAAAAACGAUCUUUUUUUAAUAUGAAUGUUCCAAAAACUGGCAUGAAGUAUUAAAUGAAAAUACUGCCAGAAGCAGGGAAAUACUAAAGUGGUCAAUAUAAAGUUGCUAGACUUAAAAUUAUUUCCUUAUGGAGAACUUCUUACUCAAAGGUGCUAUUUUCUGGUGUUUCAAAACUCUCAGCCAUCAUAACCUGUCAUUGUAUUUACUGGAAACAUGUAGUUAUACACAGACUUCCUGCACACUCCCAAAUCUACAAUGCUUAAUUAGGGAAGGCAUAACCAUGUAACAUGGUAUUUUAGGAAGCAGCUUCCUGGAUUCUGAGGAGUCAAAAUGUUAGUAAAGGGUAUGAACCAUAUACUGAGGUUUCUUUGUUUUUUUAAGCAUUAGUUUAAGGUUGCUUCUCAUAGGUAGUCGGAAUCGACUCGAUGGCACUGGGUUUGGUUUUUUUGGUUUCUCAUAGGUCAAUACUAGUGAAUAUAUAUGCCCUGACUAAAGUAGUCAGAGUUUAUAAAUAGCAGCACCCUUGGUUAUAUUUUAAAUUAUCCAAAGCACUUUUUUGGUCAUAUCUGUUUUGGGCUAACUUUUUGCACACGAGACAUUUGAUCUGGAAGGUAACCUACGCUUAUUCCCCACUCCAAAUGCCCACAUGCCAGCUAAUUCAAGUACCUCCUGAUAAUCCCCUUGCAUUCACAAUUCCCAGUUGUUGUUAUACUGCCCUAAAACUGGGUUCUAUUAGAGCAAUAACAUUGGAAUUAAUACAAAUCAAUUGGUAGUACAGUAAAACCUGUGAAAGCCAGAACCAGUGUAAGGCGCAAACCUGUCAGAGCGGAAAACAAAUAUUUUCCACUAAAACGAGCAUUCUAUGAAACUGGAGAACUUGGCAAGACCCAGAAAAAAAAAAAAGGCAGUCCUGUUAAGUUCCAGCUCUCACAGGUUUCA